UGACCAGUUAGGUCUGUGGCAGGGCUGGUAACAGGACAGUGCUGAAUGGUGAGAUGCCCACGGCUCUUCUAACCUCUGUUUUUCUGACUUCUCUUUCAGCCUCACCUCUGACGCACCAAGAUGUCCUGCUACGAUCUGUGCCCACCAAGGAGCAGCUCUGAGCUGUGCCCACCCAGAACCAGCGUGGCUGUUCCCCAGCCCAUCGCUGAGAGCUGCAACGAGCUGUGCGCCCGCCAGUGCCCCGACUCAACGGCCCUGAUCCAGCCACCACCAGUGGUGGUCACCUUCCCCGGGCCCAUCCUCAGCUCCUUCCCCCAGCAAGCCCAAGCCGUGGUGGGCUCCUCCGGAGCCCCGGCCUUUGGCGGCUCCCUGGGGCUGGGCGGCCUCUACGGCGCCGGCGCCACCCAGGCCUCGGGAGGCCUCUGCACCUUUGGCAGAGCCUGCGCUGCCCCAGCCUACAGCCCCUGCGCCUUGCCCCGCUACAGCAAGAAGUUCUGGGACACCUGCGGGCCCUGCUAGAGCCACCACAGCCCGCCAUGGAGAAGUUGAGCUCGGCUCAAGCUGUCCUGGCCUGCUGCAGCCUGUGACAUCCGGC